AGAAUACAUAGAUCUAUGAGUUGAGGGAAGGUGCAGCUUUAGGUUUCACCAAAUCCAACCCCCUCUUCUCCUAAAGAGGCGAAUAUGGACAAGAAGAGGGAGAGUGUUAGGUGGGCUCCGGUUCCACAGUUCGGAGCUUGGGACCAAAACUCGGCGGUAGCCACUGACUACUCAGUGGUGUUCUCCCAAGCUCGUGCCAACAGAAAGCAGCACAAGGCCAAUGUUAGGCACACUAGCCUGGGAAGCGAACGGGAACUGAUGAACAAUGUCCAUGCCCGUCGCCAUCACCACCACCACCAGCAGCACCUCCAUCACCAACAUCAGCACCACCAGGAAUCCCAAGAUGACGAACCUGUCAUGAAGAAAAAGAGGAUCUUGACCUACAUCAAUUGCUGUAUCAGGCCGUACUAGACCUUGUUCUCGAAGGUCAAGCUUUCUUGAAGGCAAAGUGUAAAGGGGAAGAAUGUAACACAGACAUGUCUCAAUGCGUAAAGGCAAAGUGUAAAGUUUCUGUAACCUUUGAGCAUGCUGUGCAAAGAAUUUCCUGGUAUAUACAUUUGACGUCCACCUUUUUUUUUCC